AUGGCUUCAAAGGGCAAGGUGACCACGAGCAACGUGGAGACCAAGAGUCGCUCCUUCAAAGAUGAGCAGGAGUACCUUGAGCAGCUCUCACCAUGCUGCUGGCGCAUCAAGAAGGGCUUUGUCCCCAACAUGAGGGUGGAAGGCCGCGUGUAUGUCAACGAGGCGCUCAACUCACUCAUGUUUGAGGAGCUGCAGCAACACAGCCAGGCGCAUGGUGUUGGCGGCUUCCUGCCCGCGCUCAAGCAGGUGGCCAACGUGGCUGCACUUCCCGGCAUCGUUGGCCACUCUGUUGGCCUGCCCGAUAUCCACGCCGGCUACGGCUUUGCCAUCGGCAACAUGGCUGCCUUUGACAUGGACAACCCCGAGGCCGUCGUCUCCCCAGGCGGCGUUGGCUUUGACAUCAACUGCGGCGUGCGGCUGCUGCGCACCAACCUCGACGUCGGUGAUGUGGAGCCCGUCAAGGAGCAGCUCGCGCAGUCCCUCUUCGACCACAUCCCCGUUGGCGUCGGAUCAAAGGGCGUUGUGCCGAUGACGGUGCAGGACCUGGAAGAGGCGCUGGAGAUGGGCAUGGACUGGUCUCUCCGCGAAGGGUACGCGUGGCCGGAGGACAAGGAGCACUGCGAAGAGUACGGGCGAAUGCUGCAGGCGGACGCGUCCAAAGUCUCCACGCGCGCCAAGAAGCGCGGCCUGCCACAACUCGGCACCCUUGGUGCCGGCAACCACUACGCAGAGAUCCAGGUCGUGGAGGAGAUUUACGACAAGCACGCUGCCAACAAGAUGGGCAUCAACAGGACUGGACAGGUGUGUGUGAUGAUCCACAGCGGGUCGCGCGGUCUGGGCCACCAGGUUGCCACCGAUGCGCUCACGGCGAUGGCCAAUGCCAUGAAGCGUGACGGCAUCGAGGUCAACGACAGACAGCUUGCGUGUGCGCGCAUCGGCUCUGAGGAGGGCCAGAACUAUCUCAAGUCCAUGGCAGCCGCUGCCAACUACGCCUGGGUCAACAGAUCAACCAUGACCUUCCUCGCCCGACAGGCCUUUGCAAAGCAGUUCAAGACGACACCAGAGGAUCUCGACAUGCAUGUCAUUUAUGACGUGUCACACAACAUCGCAAAGGUUGAGAAGCACUGGGUUGACGGGAAGCUGCGCAACUUGCUCGUGCACCGCAAGGGCUCCACCCGCGCGUUCCCACCGCACCACCCACUCAUCCCCGUCGACUAUCAGUUGAUUGGCCAGCCUGUGCUGGUUGGCGGGACAAUGGGCACGUGCAGCUACAUCCUAACGGGCACGGAGCAAGGGUUUGCGGACACGUUUGGCAGCACGUGUCACGGUGCCGGCCGCGCCCAGUCGCGCGCCAAGUCCCGCCGCACCCUCGACUACCAGGAUGUGCUUGCCAACCUCAACAAGAAAGGCAUUGCCAUCCGCGUUGCCUCGCCCAAGCUGGUACAGGAGGAGGCGCCGGAGUCGUACAAGGACGUGAGCGAGGUGGUUGACACGUGCCACGCAGCCGGCAUCAGCAAGAAGGCCGUCAAGCUCAAGCCCAUUGCCGUCAUCAAGGGCUGA